AUGGCAAAAUACCUGAUACCUUUGGCUUUUGGCAUUUGCCUUGUUGAAUUUGUGUUAGCUGGUGCUGUAGCAGACCCAGUAUGUGAAAUAGUAGAGAGAGGUGAAUAUUGUGGCAAAUUGAUGCCCCCUGGUAUAUUCACGCUGGCCGGGCGGUGUGCGGAGGGAGACGAAUGCUUCUGCAAACCAGAGAAACCUGAGAAUGAGAAACCAGGGAAUGAAAAUGCCCCUGAUACAAUGGGUGGCGACAUGGGUCCAGAAAAGAAACCAAAAAUGGAACCUAAAAUGAAACAACCCAAA